GGGGCGGGGCCUGCAUGGGGUCCUGAGAGGAGCGAGCGCUGCCACUGAGGGUCGCGCCAGACUGCGACUGAUAAUGGGAGGCGAGGGUUUCCUUUUGACUCUUCCCUUUGGACCUCGGAGUGAGAGACUGUUAACGCCCAGGCUAACUCAGGUGAGGUGGAGCCGCUAUGGUCCUGAAUACAGGGACCCCCAGAUUGACAAGGAAUAUUACCGCAAGCCCUUGGCCGAGCUGACUGAGGAAGAGAAGAUGGAUCGGGAGCUCAGGAAGACUCAGCAUAUCAAAGCUACCCCAGCGACGAAAACAAGCUCUGUGUUUGAAGACCCAUUGAUCAGUAAAUUCACCAACAUGAUGAUGAAAGGAGGAAACAAAGUACUGGCCAGAUCCCUCAUGACACAGACUCUGGAAGCUGUGAAAAGGAAGCAGUUUGAGAAGUACCAUGCUGCUCCUGCAGAGGAACAGGCAACCAUUGAAAGAAAUCCCUACACCAUCUUCCACCAAGCUCUGAAAAACUGUGAGCCUGUGAUUGGGCUGGUACCUAUCCUCAAGGGUGGCCAUUUCUACCAGGUUCCUGUGCCACUAGCCGACCAGCGGCGUCGCUUCCUGGCCAUGAAGUGGAUGAUUACUGAGUGCAGGGAGAAGAAGCACCGGCGGAUGCUGAUGCCGGAGAAGCUGUCACACGAGUUGCUGCAGGCUUUUAACAACCAGGGCCCUGUGAUCAAGAGGAAGCAUGACAUGCACAAGAUGGCGGAGGCCAACCGAGCCCUGGCCCACUACCGCUGGUGGUAGAGGGAGGGCAGAGGCUCCAGAAGCCCAGGGCUCUCUGCUGCAAGAAAUGAUGGGAGCCACUGCUACCUUGAAAAAUACCUGUGGGUCAAGGCUGUAGUUCCUCUUUAAGGGCAGGCAGGUAUCACAGGAAGGAUGGAGCAGGAUGUUCUGCUUGCUAGUCCUCUCUCUGUGGGCUAGAACUCGCUCUCCCUGCCCCAUCUUACAAAGAACACAUCGACUUGGAUUUCCCCCAAGAAACUUAGGGCCCAUCCAGUCUUUCCUUCCCUCUGCUUGGGAUGGACGUUUGGGUGGUACGAAAGGAAGCAGUUUUAGUAUCAGAAAGGUUUAUUAGAAAACCCUCACCCUGAACUGGUGUUAGCAUGUGAUUGCAGUACUGCCAUUCAUUAAAACUAACUGCAGGAAA